UCACAGCUCAACCAAAACCAAAUCCACCUUCAAUUUUCCGAUUUCUGUUUCUUCUCAAACCACUACUUCAAUUUUCUGAUUUCUAUUUCUUCUCAAACCACUACAUAUAUUGUAAUUUUAGCAGUUCCAGCUUUUAAUUAAACUGAAGUUGUUUCUUGCAUUGAAUGUUGGAAGGAGAGAGUUCGAAUUAUUGUUACAGAAAGAAUGGCGGAGAAUCAAUAUUAUGCACCUUCCCAUUCAGACCCAUCUCGGCCUUCACUAGGCUUCCCGCUGGGCACUGCCCUCCUCUUGCUCAUCAUUUUCAGCUUGAGCGGAAUCUUUUCUUGCUGCUACCAUUGGGACAAACUCCGCUCUCUCCGUCGAUCUUUUUCCGACGGUACGGAUCUCGAAGCCGGUGAUGACCCUUCUUCUUUGAAAUCUAAAGCCCACAUGAAUUGGAAGCAAAACCAAAUAUCAAAUAUGCCGGCGGUGUUGAUGCCUGGAGAUCAAGUACCAAAGUUCAUAGCAUUGCCAUGUCCAUGUCAGCCUCUCCGGCCAGGAAAGGUAGUUGUAGAGAUGCAACCGCCGCUGCCGCCUUCUCCUCCGAAGCCACUUCAUAUGGCAGUCGCAGUACCUUUCUAUUAGAAAAGCUACCACGGAAACUUUAGAACUGGACCAGUAAUUGGUUGCGUGUAUAGUGGCAUAGUGGAAUAUAGUGAAUUGUAGUUCAAUCAAAUUCGUAAUGUUUUUUACUUGUAAAUAUUAAUGCACUUUGAGCAAUUUUCUAGUACGGCUUUUAGUUUACUCUUCGCGGUUGCUGUGUAAUGCUUCGUACCAUGGAGGUCGUAUCUAAAAUCUUUUACCGUGGUGUUUGGUGAAAGGGUUUAAAGUUAUACUGUGUAAUGUCUCUACGACAACAUCCAUAUAUUUUACCUCUUUAUAACAGCUUUUUUCCUACAA